AUGGCAAGUUGGGUUCUAUCAGAAUGUGGUUUAAGACCACUACCAAAAAUAUACCCAAAGCCUACAAUAGGUUUUUCUUCUUCCGUUUCUGUUUCCGCCACCAGUUUGAAUUUGAGAAGAAUUUCACCUUCACCUAUACGAACAGAUCGGAAUUGUUGGGCAUUGAGGGUAAGUGCACCGCUUAGGAUCCAAAUUGCCGGAGAAGAAGAGGAACAAACAACAAACAAUGGGGAUGAGUUUUUUGACCCAGGGGCACCACCCCCUUUUAAGCUUUCUGAUAUUAAGGCAGCUAUUCCUAAGCAUUGUUGGGUCAAAAAUCCAUGGACGUCCAUGAGUUAUGUUGUUAGAGAUGUAGCUAUUGUGUUUGGGCUGGCGGCUGCUGCUGCUUAUUUCAACAAUUGGCUUGUUUGGCCUCUUUAUUGGUUUGCUCAGAGUACAAUGUUUUGGGCUCUCUUUGUUCUAGGUCAUGAUUGUGGACAUGGAAGCUUUUCAAAUAACCAUAGCUUGAAUAGCGUUGCUGGACAUAUUCUUCAUUCUUCGAUUCUUGUUCCUUAUCAUGGAUGGAGAAUAAGCCACAGAACUCAUCAUCAGAACCAUGGACAUGUUGAGAAUGAUGAAUCAUGGCAUCCUUUAUCUGAGAAGCUUUACAAUAGUUUGGAUGAUAUCACAAAGAAAUUUAGGUUCACUCUACCCUUUCCCUUGCUGGCAUAUCCUUUCUAUCUGUGGGGUAGAAGUCCGGGAAAGAAAGGUUCUCACUUUGAUCCAAACAGUGAUUUGUUUGUGGCAAGUGAGAAGAAAGAUGUGAUCACUUCAACUGUCUGCUGGACGGCAAUGGCUGCAUUGCUUGUAGGAUUGUCCUUUGUCAUGGGUCCUCUUCAAAUGCUUAAGCUUUAUGGCAUCCCCUAUUGGGGCUUUGUCAUAUGGCUGGAUUUAGUUACCUAUUUGCAUCACCAUGGCCAUGAAGAUAAAGUUCCUUGGUACAGAGGAGAGGAAUGGAGUUAUCUGAGAGGAGGGCUUACAACACUUGAUCGUGACUAUGGAUGGAUUAACAACAUCCACCAUGACAUAGGGACUCAUGUGAUACAUCAUCUCUUCCCUCAAAUCCCACACUAUCAUUUGGUAGAAGCAACUGAAGCUGCUAAACCAGUGUUAGGGAAAUAUUAUAAGGAGCCAAAGAAGUCAGGGCCUCUACCAUUUUACUUGUUGGGAUAUCUGAUAAGAAGCAUGAAGGAGGAUCACUUUGUGAGUGACACAGGGAAUGUAGUAUAUUAUGAAACUGAUCCCAACCUUUAUGGGUCUAAGAAAUAG